AUGUCAACAUCUUCAGUUAUACGGCCCAGCAUAAGGGGUCUUCUAAAAUCCCACCGACCAACACAAUUCCCGCCAACCUUCCUCCUACCUUCCCUCCUCCCUCCUACCCAGCAACAAACCUCCUCCUUCUCCAGUACACCAUCAACCCUCUACCCACGAGACAUGAACCGCGAACGCGGCGUCUCAACAACACGCCGCACUGGCCUCCGCCAACCUCUCUCAGUCUCGAAAACCGAGCUCCCCAAGCCCGUCCUCGAUACCACGAAGCGCACAAAGGUAGCCGUAGACCCCAACCACGGCCUCUGGCAGUUCUUCCACAGCAAGGACAAGCCGAUGAACACGCCUGAGGAGGACGCGGAGCACGGCCGGGCGUGGACGACGGAGGAGCUGAGGAGCAAGAGCUGGGAGGAUCUACAUUCGCUAUGGUGGGUUUGUGCGAAGGAGAGGAAUCGCAUUGCGACGGAGGCGUAUGAGAGGAAAACUCUGAAGGCGGGAUAUGGAGAGGAUGAGUCGAAGACGAGGGAUCGGGUUGUGAGAAUGACACAGAAAGCUAUCAAGCACGCCUUGACGGAGAGGUACUACUCCUGGCAGGAAGCGGAAAUUCUGGCAAGGGACGAUCCUGAGAUUGACCUAUCGGGAGACGGACCAUUGUACACGCCUAUGGAGUUUGAGGAGGAGGAGGUAGGAGAGAGUCUUGAAUCGGAGGUCCAGCCGGAGAUUUCACUGGACACAGGAGCCAAGACGGAGCAGAAGGCUUCACCAACUGCAUAG